CGCGGGCUCGGCAGGGCCGGGGCGGCAGCGGCGGCCUGAGGCCGCGGAUGGGCGGGGCGGAGGAGCCGGAGCCGCCGCGAUGGCUCAGGAGAAGAUGGAGCUGGACCUGGAGCUGCCGCCGGGGAGCGCCGCGGCCCCGGGCGACGGCGGCGGCCUGAGGCGGUCGAACAGCGCCCCGCUCAUCCACGGGCUCAGCGAUAACUCCCAGGUGUUCCAGGCCAGCGUCCUGCGCACCCGCAGGAACAGCACCACGGUCAUGAAUCGGCACAGCCUGUUUGUGCCAUCAUCUCCUAUCCGUAUUCCUAGCAGCCGUCUUCAUCAAAUAAAACAAGAAGAAGGAAUGAAUUUGCUGAACAGGGAAACCGUUCGUGAAAGAGAAGUGCAAGUAGCAAUGCAGAUGAGCCACUCAUGGGAGGAGAGCUUGAGCCUGAGUGACAAUGAUUUUGAAAAAUCACUAUCACCAAAGCAAGUAGACUUUGUUCCAGUUUCUCCAGCUCCUUCACCUACACGAGGAAUAGGGAAGCAAUGCUUCUCACCAUCUCUGCAAAGUCUGGUGAGCAGCAGUGGGCUGCCUCCAAGUCCCAGCCCAAGUCCCACAAGGAGAUUUUCAAGCAGGAGAAGCCAGAGCCCAAUUAACUGCAUCCGACCAAGUGUUCUUGGAUCAAUCAAAAGAAAAGGUGUGACAGAGAUGGAAGAUCACCCAAAAAGAUUAUUCCAAGGAUCCACCACCAUGCUAACCCCUGAGGCUGCACAUCAGGCGGACCUUGGGGCAUGUCUGUCCUCACACGCCCUGGAUGACAACAGGAGCAGUGCAGGCUCCUCCUGUGACUCCCCAGCUGAAGCUGGCACCAGCACAGACUCUCCAGUGUCUCUCUCUGACUCCAGAUCCCCAUUCUUGCCAGUGGAUCUCAUGGCCAAGUUACCAAUGAACUGAGGAGCAUGAAUCUGCUGCUGGACACUGGGAAACAGGCGGAUAUCGCCCCGACUUUCUGUUGUGUGUAUCCCAUUCUGUUCCUCAUAGGAACUUCCAGCAAUGCCAUUGCUUCUAGAAAACUUCCAGAAUAGUUCCUUGAGGAGGAAUUCGCCUUUCUAGUGAUUUGUAUGACAUUUACUACAAUACAGAAGCAUUUGGGCUGCAGACACGUUGGGUGCUCAUGUCAGUCAGGCUGCUGGUUUGCAGUGGAUAUGAUCUCCUUGACAUGAAUUACAGACACUGUACAUGUGUCCUGCUUGUGGAAGACUUGCCUUGCCAGCAGCCUGUGUCCUCCCUGCCUGUGGAGGAGCAGAUAACUCACAUUUGUCCUCAGCCUAAAACCAAUGAAGCAGCUGACUAAUUGUUUCUAUUCCCAGAGUGCUAGAUAUUUAUAUUUUUUUUCUUCUUCUAUGAAAGGGAGAAUAUUGCAGGGGGCAAAUUUAUUACUAUUAAUAUUAUUGUGUUCUAUUAUGAUUGGCUCUUAAUCAAGUCUGUGUUCCAGUGGAUGUCAGAAAAUAACAAAUUGCUGAAUUGUCAAAUUUAUAUGUUGAAUUUUAUUCAUGAUCAUGACUGCUGUUGUGACUAAAUCUAAA